AUGGCCAGCGAGGAGCUGGCGCGCAAGCUGCAGCGGAGACUGCGGGCGGCGGGAGCGCAGGGGGGCUGCCCGGAGCCCGCACCCCUCGCCGCCGCCGCCGCAGCCCCGGAGCCCGAGCCUGAGCCGCCCGCCGGGGCGCCCGCCGCCAGCGCCGACGCCGACGCCGAGCUGAGCGCGCAGCUGAGCCGCCGGCUGGACAUCACCGAGGGCGCGGCGCGGCCCCGCCGCUCCAAGGUCUUCAACCCCUACACCGAGUUCCCCGAGUUCAGCCGCCGCCUCAUCAAGGACCUGGAGCGCCAGUUCAAACAGUAUGAUGCCGGACGGGACGGCUUCAUCGACCUGAUGGAGCUGAAGCUGAUGAUGGAGAAACUGGGGGCCCCCCAGACCCACCUGGGCCUGAAAAGCAUGAUCAAGGAGGUGGAUGAGGACUUUGACGGCAAGCUCAGCUUCCGUGAGUUCUUGCUCAUCUUCCACAAGGCCGCCGCAGGGGAGCUGCAGGAGGAGAGUGGGCUGAUGGCCCUGGCAAAGCUGUCCGAGAUCGAUGUUGCCCUGGAGGGUGUCAAGGGUGCCAAGAACUUCUUUGAAGCCAAGGUCCACGCCUUGGCCUGUGCCAGUAAGUUUGAAGCUGAGCUGAAAGCUGAGCAAGAAGAGCGGAAGCAGGAGGAGGAGAAGAGGAGGAUCCGCCAGGCCGCCUUCCGGGAGCUCAAGGCCACUUUUAGCACAUAG